UCUGUUUUCUCUAUUGGUUUGCUUUUUGUGUCCACUCGACUCGAUUAGACUAUACUAUAUAACUCGUACGAGGAAAACACCCAACACCCUCUGACUCUGUCGUUUUCUCUCACCCAAACUCAAAACUAAAACCCAUUUUCUUCUCCAAAACCUUCGACUUUCUCCAACCCAAACGCGCUUCCCUUCGCUCUCUCACCCAUUUUUUCUAAUCUUCUCGCACUCUCCAAUUCCGACACUCCCGGUACUGAUGAUGAUCUUUCUUCCUCAGGUCAGAAUAGAGUUGAGAUCUAGCAGUGUUACUGGCAAUGAAAAAUCUUCUGUAGGUUUUUUGUUACACGCUUUAAUUUGCACUGUGACAUGGAGGCUCAAAUUCAUCUACUUGAACAGGAAGCUUACUCUGCGGUCUUGCGUGCUUUCAAAGCUCAGUCUGAUGCUCUUACAUGGGAGAAGGAAGGUUUGAUAACUGAACUUAGAAAAGAGUUGAGGGUUUCAGAUGAUGAACACAGAGAACUUCUUACCAGGGUUAACUCUGAUGAAAUAAUUCACCGCAUUAGGGAGUGGAGACAAACUGGUUGUUACCAACCUGCAAGGCGUAGCACAUCUCAGCCUGUUCAUGACAUUUUACCUAGUCCAACUGUUUCAGUGUCCCGAAAAAAACAGAAGACAUCCCAUUCGGGUCAGUCCUUGCCUGCUUUAUCUUCAGUGAAGUCUGUACAGUAUACUUCUGCUGGACCUACUGGAGGUAGGCAUUUUUCAAAUCGCAAUGCCAGUGCUCUUGCAUCGAAUGCACCCGCCGAAGCAGCAGCGUUUGAUCCAUUGAUUGGGAAGAAAGUUUGGACUAGGUGGCCUGAAGAUAACCACUUUUAUGAGGCUGUUGUAACUGAUUACAACCCUGCUGAUGGUCGGCAUGCUUUGGUUUAUGAUAUUAAUAAAGUACAUGAGACUUGGGAAUGGGUUGAUCUCAAAGAGAUCUCACCGGAGGAUAUAAGAUGGGAAGGUGAAGAUCCAGGCAUACUCCAUAGAGGUGGACAUAGUGGACACGGUCGAGGGGUUAAGAGAUUCUUUGGCCAUGGUGGUGAUUCUUUAGGUGCAGGAAGAGGGAGAGGUCAUCCCAGGUUUCAUACCAGACAAGAAUUUCACCCACCACAAAAUGGUAUUGGGAAGAGAGUUUUGGAUGACAUUGAAUUGCUGAACACAGAUUCUCUAGUUAAGGAGGUGGAAAGGAUUUUUGCUACAAGUGCUCCUGAUUCAAUGGAGCUUGAGAAAGCAAAGCAAAUGCUGAAAGAGCACGAGCAAGCACUUGUUGACGCUAUUGCAAGGAUUGCAGAUGCAUCUGAUGGUGAAAGUGAUGAAGAACAGCCGUUUUUGCAGCAUGGACAAUUAAUAGAAAGGGGAUAAGAGCACAGGAAAUACUGCAUGUUGGAGAUAAUCUGUUGCACAGAAAACAUUAUCUUUAAGCUCUGAUGAUCUCGUGAAGCUCUAAUAUUGGAGAGAUGAAUGCGUGGACAGCUUAUGCAUGCACUUGUAGGAUCCAACAGCAGCAAAUUGCCAAUACGAUUUUCUUCUUACUCAUGCAUUUUCUGUCAUUCAUUUAUUACUCUUCCUGACUGUUGCCACAUGUGCGAGUUUUGUACUCAAUGACGAUUUUGAAUACAGGGAGCCUCUCAGUUUAUCAAUUGUCAGGCACAUCAAUAUCAAUUCUUCACUCUGCAUGCAACCUGUAAAAUACUACAAGUAAAAUGUUACAAAAUUAAUCUGUCAUGAAUUUCGUUUGGCUUUCC